UAUUUAUAAUAAACAAAUUAUAAAUAAUGGAUCGUGGUGAUUAAUUUAUCAUAUUGAAUUGUACAUCGUACAGUGGUGGAAUCAACAUCGAUUGAGUUGGAUUAUAAAGGAUCAUCGCCGGUCAAAAUCAACAUGUCAACUCCAAGUCACUCAUUCAUCAGUGGUCUCAAUUUAACGGAAAUACCCGUAGUAUGCCUUAAUACACCAGAUCCACAUGGAAGGCAGGAUUCACAAUGGGAAUUCACGGUAGAGACUUCGGGCCUGGAUCCACAUCGUGCCAAAUAACAACGUCAAUGAUAUCACGGAUUUAUACCGCAAGUUAUUCAAAGUUUCACAAAAAGAAAGAGAAACCUCAGACACCCUCGUCACCACCAAGGAGGAACUCGCUCAAUAUAAGGCGGAAAAUAAAUCAUUGAAGUUAGACCUCGAGUCUUACGACUACGACUACGAGAGCUUAUUACGAGAUUACACCGCGGUUGAGCAAUCAAAUAAAAAGAUACGAGAGCUCUUCACAAGCAAGAUGACGGAAGUCUUUCGCGCUCAAAUGCAGCUUCGUGAACCAUUGCUUCGCCCCAAGGCAUCCGAAGGAUGCCUAAACUGCGGCCAGUCAGGACAUAGCCAUCGUCUCUGUAAGGAAAAAUAUUCUGGAAAAUAUUGUCAGAAAUGUGCAAAUAUGGGAUUUUCCACAGAAGAUUGCCCAUGGCCUCACUAUGCCAUGGUCAACUAUCAAGUCCCAGAAUGUAACCGAUGUAAGCAUUGUUGGCGUCCGCGAAACCUACCCGAUGCCAACUGCUAUGAGUGUCGACGACGGGUAAUCACUGCAAAAACCACUGAACGUGAUAAGACAAUAAGAAAACUCGGGAUUAAAGUAGCUACUUCGCAACAACCCACUAAACUAGGUGCCAUUAAAAAGGAGUUACCAAUGAUUCCAACCACGGAACGUAUGUCUCACAAAACCGCUGAUAAGAAGUCGUCAGUCAAGUCACGAACCUCACCAACCCGUGAGGUAGUCAAGGUCGAGAUCCCUACCGAUAAUAUCCCAGAGGAAUCCUACCGAUUUUCAUUAAACGCCUUAUCACCGUUGGACUCUGACGAUAAUAACACGGAACUUUGGAAGACGCUUUCAGAAGUCAUUAAUCUCAGUGUCGACAAAAAAGAGGAGUAGCCACAGAAAACCCUGACAUCGCUAUCAUCUCUAUUUUUUUAUAUUAUUCCUUAUCCAUACAUUUAUUUUGUUUCGCGCCGUUGCGCCUCCGAUUUUUCUUAGCUACAAAUAUGCUUC